CUCCUAUCUUUCGUUAGAUUCUUUCUGAUGCCUCCUGCCGUGAUAGCAUGCGGAAUACAAAUCCAUUAAAUUAUUUAAUAAAUCUCAAUGGACGGUCAGGUUACCGUCACCGCUCCCGCUCCAUGUCUGCAUCAUUGAGUCCUACUGAUCUCAAAUUCGGUACCGCAGAUGGAAAGCUGUGGACACGAAGGCUCUAUGGCCAGGAAGCUCAGGCUGCCUACUUUGUUGACCAUGGUGAAGGUUUUACAAUGUAUGCGGGGACCUUGACUGCUCGGUUCACACCGCCCCGUUCUCGCGCCGAGCUAGAGCUGCCCGUCCAGAAAGCUUGGAUCAAGGCCCGCCACCUGUCCCCCACCAUCGCGUGCAGGCAAACGAAGCACGACGGCCACUACUGGUUUGAAUACCAAGUACCCACAGCUGUCGAGGCGCAGGCAUGGGCUGAGGAGACGAUAUUCUGGCACGAGGAACCCAAGACACUCCUGCAGACGGACUUGAUGCUCGAGGACAAGUGGUGGAAGUGCAGCGAUGGUCUGUAUAUUGUCCAGCUACAUUUCGUACCGUCCGCGGAAACUCCCGGUGAUUGGCACAUCGGUUACCUCGCGCCGCAUAAUAGUAUAGAUGGACGCUCUCUCAUGAAAUUACUAGAAUAUAUCUUGACCUGGACGCUCGAAGAGCUCAAGACACCUACAGGCGCACCAGAUAUCGACUGAGGUUCAGAACCUAUCCGCCUUGCACCCACGCUUAUUCUAGCGGCCCAGUUACCUCUGGAUCAGGCUCCAGAACCCAAAGCCGCCCCCGCUCCUCCUCCGGGAUUCAUCCCCUUCCUACCGGCGGUAGUGGACGCCGAUCAUACGAACGCUAAUGAGGCGAAUAAUGUCAACGCUUUGCUUAGCCUUACGCCUGAGGAGACGGCUCGCUAUCGUCAAGUGUGUCGCGCACGUGGCGUAACGGUUACCGACCUCAUGCUCGCACUCCUCGCCCUUGCGGAAAUAGAGUCCACCCUGCAGAUCGCUCUCAAGUCAGACAACGGUGAGCUAGCCGCCAAGAAUAUCGGCGCUUACGAGCAGGCCU